AUGUCGUCGUCAUUGAAACUCUACAGCUACUUCCGUAGUAGUGCCGCAUAUAGGGUGCGAAUAGCCCUUAACUAUAAAGGCUUGCCUUAUGAAACGAUUCCGAUCAACCUCGUGAAGGGGGAACAUAAAACACCAGAAUAUAAGAAGAUCCACCCAGCAAUGCUGUUGCCAGCCUUGGUGACCACCGACGGAAACGUUAUUACUCAAAGUUUGGUUAUAAUCGAUUAUCUCGAUAGGACUUUUCCCGACUCUCCAAAACUCAUCCCUGAGAAUUGUGUCGAUAGAGCUGCGGCGCUGUCAAUUGCUAUGAUCAUCGCCUGUGACACUCAUCCCCUCCAGAAUUUAAGUGUCUUCCAAUACGCCAGUAAAGUGGCUGGUAGAGAUGUCCGAGAUCAAUGGGUGACACACUUCAUAGAGCGCGGCCUUUCUACCGUUGAGGAAAGCAUACGUGGUGAUGGACCGUAUUGCAUCGGUGGUGAAAUGUCUAUCGCCGAUGUCUGCCUGGUGCCUCAAGUCUACAAUGCUUUACGUUUUCAAGUCCCGCUGGAGGAAAAGUUCCCCAAUAUUUCCAGGAU